UGAUACUUGAUCCACGGGGUUCUCGUUCGUCGGUGUCUGCUUCUCAUCUUGAUAGAGGGUCGUUGAGAUCUAUCAGCCUAAUCGGAAUCCUUGACAAUGGUUGUCUACUCGUUUUACAUCUUCGACCGUCAUGCGGAGUGUAUCUACAAGAAGCGUUGGCUCCCGCGACCAGCCGUCGUUGGAAAAUCUCGGGCGAAUUCUGAGUUGCCAGCGCCGACCAAUGGACUUCCCGCGGCCAUCGGCCAGUCUGACCGGACGACCGACGAUGACGCCAAAUUGAUAUUCGGCACAGUCUUCUCGCUGCGGAACAUGGUGCGCAAAUUGGGGGGCGAGGAUGACAGCUUCGUUUCCUAUUGCACCAGUCAAUACCAACUCCACUAUUACGAAACCCCGACGAACAUCAAGUUCGUCAUGCUCACCGAUCUUAAGAGCCCCAGCAUGCGGGUUGCACUGCAGCAGAUUUACAUCAACCUUUUUGUGGAAUACGUGGUCAAGAAUCCGUUAUCUCCGACGGAACAUCCGGGCGGCGUUGGAGUCAACAAUGAGCUUUUUGAGGAAUCGCUAGAACAAUUCGUGACUCGGGUCCUAGCUUGAGCGGACCACCCGAGAAACGCUCGGUCUGGUCUUAGCUUCCCCACAUCCCAACAAUCAACAGCCGAGAGAUUGUCCGGCGCCGAAUGGCUCAGAAGCGGAUUCCUGAGAAUAAAUUGUACUCCGCCGCGGUGUUCCAACCUCCCGAGUUCACGCGGGGCCGGGCUACAGGACAACAUCGGGCCAAUGCCCUGCGGAGAAAGACCGCCCUUGUUAUCGAUGCGGCGGAUGGCGAACACCAUACCCCUGCAUCCAUCGUCGAUGUACACAUGCGCGAGCUGGCGCUCAACGAUGUUAGACGAAUCGACUCUGUUGUGUAUCGUCUUGCCCUCAUCAAACGACUGCACAUGGCCCUAUCACCUACUUUUCCAUGGCUUACUUGGCUAUAUGAUCGGAAAGACGCUAGAUGGUGAAGCUGGAUAAUAGAUAUCUACUAUAAGAACCAAGGAGAUAACAAGUCAUAAUUAUAUUUAAAAGAU